CUUUCUCUUUCUCCCCAUCUCUCCAUGAAACCUUCCUCGCCACCAACAUCCAAAUCAAAUAGCCCUAACUUCGGUUCACCAUCGCGCCGAGUGCCCAAUGGGCCUCAACCAAAACCGAGCCGAGGCCAUGGGGCCAGCCCUCCCGAAUAGCGCUCCGGCAGCGGUAAGCUCCUUUCCUCGGAGCCCACCACCGUCAAGCUUUCCGGCCGCCCGCCCUCACUUGCAUCUCCCAAGCCGCCUUCGGCCAACUGGACAAGUGACUCGCAGCAAUGCCCUUCGUCGGGCAACCGGCCCCGCGCUAGACCUCAAGGACAUCCCGAUCAAUGGUGACUUGGUCAACAAGGCCCUUGGCCUUACCCCCACCUCCCCUCCCCCUCCAACCCCUCUCACCCAAAUCCCUCCCAUGCCGACCUCCUCACUAAACUCCUCCACUCUUCCUCUUCCUCCUCUUCCUCCUAUCGCCCGCCCUCCUCGCCGUGGACCGGUUGCGCCUGCUCCUCGCCGCCGCAACGCAAUGAUCAUCUUGGUCCCGCAAGACCUUCCUCAAGAGCUUCGGGACAUCCAACUUGAUGCAUCCAUGACUCAAGAUGAUCACUCAACUUGA